AUGGAGGAUCUGGUCGGAGUCUCGAUGAAGCUGACGGCGAGGAACGCGACGAGGAUCGUCAAACGGAUCUCCCGGAUGCUGAUCACCCGCGGCGCGGCCAUGGACCCUUACUGUAGGCACGCACUCGGGGACUGCUUGGAGCUGUACGCCGACGCCAAGGGCGAGCUAAACGACGCCGCAAAGGACGUGUUCGAGUAUCGGGAUUGCUUCAAGGCCAACGUCGAGGUGAGCGCCGCCAUGGACUCGGCCAGCACUUGCGAGGAUGGGUUUAGGGAGAGGAGGUACAGAUCAGGUCACCCGCUGGCGGUGGAGAAUGAGGUCUUCUUUCGGUUGACGGCCGUGCUCCUUUCUUUCAUCAACAUGUUGCACUAUAAUUAG